AUGCAGGUACGGCUGUCAGGACUCCGAAACAAUACAGCACGUACUGGUGGAUGCCAAGCAUUCGCUCCAACGGACUAUAAGGAGCGCCACGACAUAGCUGCCAAAAUCAUUCACCAGGAGUUGGCAUACAAAUUCAAACUGAUCGAAUGCAAGCUACAGUACUACAAAUAUACACCGCAAUGUGUCCUCGAGAACGACAAGUAUAAACUAUACUGGGAUCGCACUGUGCUUCGGACCAAUACAUAA